GGGAAGGACAGGGAGCGAGAAGCGAGUAUCUAGUUGUACGCCUGCGUGCUGAGGUCGGCCGGCCGAAGGCGCGCGGUGAGCCCCUCGCAGCCCCGCAAACCACGCGAUAUUUCCUUCGGGGCUCCGCGGCGGUGAGAGGCGAGCGCCGGCGGUCGGUCGCGGAUCCUGGGACUGGGGAACCUGUAGCUGGGUGCAGCGUCCAGGAAUUACUGUAUACAGAAAUCUUGUGAGGUCUCUGUGCGAACAAGGUGAUGAUUGUACAAAGAGUGGUACUGAAUUCCCGACCUGGAAAAAAUGGUAAUCCAGUGGCAGAAAAUUUCCGAGUAGAAGAAGUAAAUUUACCAGAUAAUAUCAAUGAAGGACAAGUACAAGUCAGAACCCUUUAUCUUUCAGUGGAUCCUUACAUGCGCUGUAAAAUGAACGAGGACACUGGAAGUGAUUAUUUGGCGCCUUGGCAGCUCUCUCAAGUGGUUGAUGGUGGAGGUGUUGGGGUUGUAGAAGAAAGCAGACACUCGCAUUUUACUAAAGGGGAUUUUGUGACUUCUUUCUAUUGGCCCUGGCAAACCAAGGUUAUUCUGGAUGGAAAUAGCCUAGAAAAGGUAGACCCACGACUUGUGGACGGACACCUUUCAUAUUUUCUUGGAGCUAUCGGUUUAUGUGGUUUGACGUCCUUGAUUGGGAUACAGGAGAAAGGUCACAUAACUGCUGGCUCUAAUCAGACAAUGGUUGUUAGUGGGGCUGCUGGUGCUUGUGGAUCCCUGGCCGGGCAGAUUGGCCACUUGUUGGGCUGUUCCAGAGUGGUGGGAAUUUGUGGAACACAGGAGAAGUGCCUCCUUUUGACCGCAGAACUGGGCUUUGAUGGUGCGAUUAAUUAUAAAAAAGAGAAUGUGGCAGAACAGCUCCGUGAAUUAUGCCCAGCUGGCGUGGAUAUUUACUUUGACAAUGUUGGCGGUGACAUAAGUAAUACAGUGAUAAGUCAGAUGAAUCAGAACAGCCACAUCAUCCUGUGUGGUCAAAUUUCUCAAUACAACAAAGAUGUGCCUUAUCCCCCUCCGCUACCUCCUGCUGUGGAAGCAAUCCAGAAAGAAAGAAACAUCACAAGAGAAAGAUUUAUGGUGCUCAACUAUAAGGACAAAUUUGAGUCUGGUAUUCUACAGCUGAGUCAGUGGUUUAAAGAAGGAAAACUAAAGGUCAAAGAAACUAUGAUCAAUGGAUUAGAAAACAUGGGAGCUGCAUUCCAGUCCAUGAUGGCAGGGGGUAAUACUGGAAAGCAGAUAGUUUGCAUUUCAGGAGAAGCCUCUUUGCCAUCUCUAUAAGCCUCUUCAUUAAGAAAAUACAGAUUUCUUUCCAUUUUUCACAAAGAUUUUCAAGAUACAUUAAAAAAACCUUAGAGUACAGAUAACUUUUGAUUUAAAAUUGGUGAUUAUUUUCUUAGUUGCAGAACAUAAUUCUUUCCUAUAUCUUCAAUAUUAUAUAUGUACACUAUAUCCAACAUAUUACUUAUAUUAAUAGAUUGAAGUCAGCAUGAUCUGUUUUUCUUUUAUUAAAACUAUUAAUAUAUUUUAAUCAUA